UCGGUUAGUUGGUGAUCUUUCGCUGAGAGCGCAGCAAGCAACACGCAGCACGCAUUGCCUUUCGCCUUUCAAAGGAAGCAGGGACCAAGAGUUGGCAACAACUUCUCGUAUCUCCCAGCCCAUUUUGUGUGUGCUUCGGUUCUGGCUUCUUCCGCGGCCUAACACGUUUCUAACUCGCCUUACGACCCUGAAACAAUCCGCGUAUUCGAACCGCAAAUAAUUGCAUAAUUACAAGUUUUUCAAAAUAUAUUCAGAGUGCUGCGAGUGCGAAAAAUAAAAGAGAAUUUGGUUCCGAGCCUGCUGAAUCAUCGCAUAUACACAGCACUACGUAUACAUAAAUCAGUUUUCAUAGCCUUGGUGCUGUCCACGUCAUCAACGAAAAAUAUUAACCAAAUUUUCGAAUCGAAUCGAGUCGAGAACUAAAAUCGUAACCGUACACAAGUGUGAAGGAACCGCUCCAAAAUGUCAAAGAAUAACGGAAAGGGCGGCAAAGGCGAAUUUGAAUUCCCCCAACCAGCAAAGAAGCAAACCUUCUCGCAGAUGAUCUACGAUCCCCAGGAUGGAACCUUUUUCGGUCGCACCGGAAAAAAUUGGAGUCAGCUGCUGCUGUUCUACACGAUUUUCUACAUUGUGCUGGCCGCCUUGUUCACCAUCUGCAUGCAGGGCCUGUUGGCCACCGUUAGCGACACAGAGCCCAAGUGGAAGCUGCACGAGUCGCUGAUCGGCACCAAUCCCGGCCUGGGAUUCCGACCCCUCAGCGAGCAGACCGAGCGCGGAUCGGUGAUCACCUUCGACGGCAAGAAGCCGGCCGAGAGCGACUACUGGAUCGAGCUGAUCGACGACUUCCUGCGUGAGUACAAUCACACCGAGGGUCGGCAGAUGAAGCACUGCAGCUUUGGCCAGGCACGCAAUCCCGACACCGAUGUGUGCGUGGUCAACACGGAUCUCUUUGGCGGCUGCUCGAGGGCCAACAACUACGGCUACAAGACGAACCAGCCCUGCAUAUUCCUCAAGCUGAACAAGAUCUAUGGCUGGGUGCCCCAGGUGUUCGAAGAGGCGCAGGCGGGCAUGCCGGACGACCUGAAGAAGGUGAUCAACGAGACGAAGGCGGAGGAGCGCCAGCAAAUCUGGGUGAGCUGCAACGGACACUUGAGCAAGGACAAGGAGAACUUCCAGAACAUCGGCUACUUCCCCAGCCAGGGAUUCCCCACCUACUACUACCCGUAUCUGAACCAGCCGGGCUACCUGAGUCCCCUGGUCGCCGUGCAGUUCAACUCGCCGCCGAAGGGCCAAAUGCUGGACGUGGAGUGCCGUGCCUGGGCCAAGAACAUCCGCUACAGCGGCAGUGCCCGCGACCGCAUGGGUUCCGUGACCUUCCAGAUUCUGGUGGACUAAGUCCCAACCGUUAAAAGUCGCCAACUUGUGAUCGCAGCAACAAACACUAGCCGUAAACGGGGCGAGAAUACGGCAACAUCGUCGGAGACCAACUACCAACCACCUAACUAAACAAGUGAAAGAUAUACACAUAUAGCGAUUUAUAUGAAGGGAAGAGCUGGCGAACCUAGGUUUUCAAGUGUAUUGUACAUAUUUAUGUGAAGGGGGCGAUCCGACCGUCAAUUGAAUUCUGAACAUCUGGCCUAAUCUGAAAAUAGAACAGUUUUAAAUCUUGAAAUUAAAGUUCAAAUCGUACACACGUAAUUGUUGUUAUAGCUUUUAGCUUGUCUACUGCUAUAGGUUAUUAUUAUUAAUAUUUAUCUUAUUAUUUCAUUAUGAAUUCUUGUAAUUACGAUCAUUAUUUUCUGUCAGUUGUAUUUAGUUUUUAUUUAUAAAUGUUGAAACAUGCCCGAAAAUUCUUUGUUUUCUGCACACGGCCCAGGCUUGUUCAAUUUGUACAAAGAAUUAACUAAAUAAAUUUUAACUGUUAAACGUAUGCAAAUCGUGGAUAGCGAAACACUUCUACCUAAGUUGAUCAUCAUUUUCAAACUGGAAAGUAUUCAAGAACCUCUAUGUAGUGCAAUUUUAAAGGCAUCAACCGCAGCAACAAAGAAAUUCCAGCCAUUUAUGCGACUAACAAGCGAAACUAAAUUUUUAUUUAUUUUAAACAAGUUUUCAUUCACACAAUCAAAUAAAGAAAGGCUAAGCGAGUAAUGUUCUUGUGUUGCAUCAAUUAAAUAAAGAAACUGAGAAUAUAAGAA